AUGAAUCUUCUAGUUCUAAUCUUGUCUGUGAUUGUCAGUGUCACCGCCAAGCCUCAGGGCUAUAACUUAACUCCCCCUUCCGGUCCAUCUUUACUCUCGCGAAGAUGUAGCAACGGACAGGUGUUACAUGUGGACGGUAGAUGCGUAACUCCAAGGAUCAACCGUCGUGUGUUCUUGUAUGAUGUACCAAGAACUCCCACGCCAACAGGUCCUCCACCUUUCAUCCCUGCACCAACAGUGGAGACUAACCUGUUGUUCAUCCGAACUCCUGAAGGAGGACAAGGGCCAGAUCCAAUCAUUGUACCUCCUCCCCAGCAGGAACACGUCGUGUACAUCCUCAAUAAACAGUCGGAAGAGGGUCAAAAGGUGAUCGAAGUUCCAGCACCACCACCUUCAGAUCCCGAAGUGUACUUCGUCAACUACGCUGAAGGAGAGAAUCCAACUCUUCCAAGUGGAGUUGAUCUGCAGACUGCCUUAGAUGCCGCUUCGGCUGGCAGUGGUCAAGUAGUUGGGAGUUCUGAAGGCUUCAGUGGCGGAGCGACUGGAGUAAACGGUGGUUUCGGAAGCAGCAAUGGUUUCGGAAUUAGCAACGGUAUAGGAAACAGCAAUGGUUUCGGAAGUGGUUUCGGAAGCAGUAAUGGUUUUGGAACAAGUGGUGGUCUUGGAAGCAGCAAUGGUUUCGGAGUCUCCGGAGGCAGCAGUGGUUUCGGAAUAAGCAAUGGUUUCGGAAGCAGCAGUGGUUUCGGAAGCAGCAGUGGUUUCGGAAGCAGCAGUGGUUUCGGAAGUGGCAGUAGUUUUGGUAGUCUUGGAAGCAGCAGUGGUUUCGGAAUCAACGGUGGUUUCGGAGGCGGUAAUGGUUUGGGAAGUGGCAAUGGUUUUGCAAGCAGCAGUGGUUUCGGAAGUGCUACUGAUUUCACAUCAAGCAGUGUAGGUGCUGGAAUCAUCAGCCCUCCAGAGGGUUUGAGCAGCAACAACUGUGGAAGUAGCAGUGUCUUCGGGAGCAGUAAUGGUUUUGUAACUAGCAAUGGUCUCAGAAGUAGUAAUUGUCUCGCAAGCUUCGGGAGCAGCAAGGGUUUCGUAAGCAGUUACGAUUUUGGAAGCAGUGAUAUUUUCAAAACCCCAGCUCGGUGUGUUGCAAGCAAUGAGACGGAAAGAGCUGUCAAUUCUCGUUCUCCUCGAGCCAUUAGGCCUACCAGAUCAUUAGACCCGGCAAAUCAUUAUCCAUCGUUAAGAAGACUCAAUAAGUUACCUGUGUCACCGCCAGCCUCAGGCUAUAACUUAACUCCCCCUUCCGGUCCAUCUUUACUCUCGCGAAGAUGUAGCAACGGACAGGUGUUACAUGUGGACGGUAGAUGCGUAACUCCAAGGAUCAACCGUCGUGUGUUCUUGUAUGAUGUACCAAGAACUCCCACGCCAACAGGUCCUCCACCUUUCAUCCCUGCACCAACAGUGGAGACUAACCUGUUGUUCAUCCGAACUCCCGAAGGAGGACAAGGGCCAGAUCCAAUCGUUGUACCUCCUCCCCAGCAGGAACACGUCGUGUACAUCCUCAAUAAACAGUCGGAAGAGGGUCAAAAGGUGAUCGAAGUUCCAGCACCGCCACCUUCCGAUCCCGAAGUGUAUUUCGUCAACUAUGCUGAAGGAGAGAAUCCAACUCUUCCAAUUGGAGUUGAUCUGCAGACUGCCUUGGAUGCUGCUUCGGCUGGCAGUGGUCAAGUAGUUGGGAGUUCUGAAGGCUUCAGUGGCGGAGCGACUGGAGUAAACGGUGGUUUCGGAAGCAGCAAUGGCUUCGGAAUUAGCAACGGUAUAGGAAACAGCAAUGGUUUCGGAAGUGGUUUCGGAAGCAGUAAUGGUUUUGGAACAAGUGGUGGUCUUGGAAGCAGCAAUGGUUUCGGAGUCUCCGGAGGCAGCAGUGGUUUCGGAAGGCAAUUUCAGGGUUUCGGAAGCAGCAGUGGUUUCGGAAUAAGCAAUGGUUUCGGAAGCAGCAAUGGUUUCGGAAGCAGCAAGUGGUUUUUCGGGAAGCAGCAGUGGUUUCGGAAGGUGGCAGUAGUUUUGGUAGUCUUGGAAGCAGCAGUGGUUUCGGAAUCAACGGUGGUUUCGGAGGCGGUAAUGGUUUGGGAAGUGGAAAUGGUUUUGCAAGCGGCAGUGGUUUCGGAAGUGCUAUUGAUUUCACAUCAAGCAGUCAACAACUGUGGAAGUAGCAGUGUCUUCGGGAGCAGUAAUGGUUUUGUAACUAGCAAUGGUCUCAGAAGUAGUAAUUGUCUUGCAAGUUCGGGAGCAGCAAGGGUUUCGAGAGAAUACUCAAUUUUCCAUGGUUAUGAAACAGCCCAGCUCGGUGUGUUGCAAGCAAUAAGAAGGGAAGAUCUGUCAACUCUCGUUCUCCUCGAGCCAUUAGGCCUACCAGAUCAUUAG